ACAAAAAGGCCGCGAGGGAAGGAACCUGUCUUGUGAGACCCGGAAGCUUUCCGCCUUGCAGUCCUGCGCAGUAUUGACCUUCCCGUUGAGAGCGACGUGCGGUCUGCGCAUGCCCGCUCUCUCGCUCUGCAACUUCUUUUCUGCCUGAUGGCUUUGGAUGAGUGGAGAAGUCACCCCGGGUUUUCCAGGUCACGUGUAGUCUAGCCGUCACACCCCUAAACUUGCAACAUCCUUGACCUUAGGUAGUAUAUAUAUAGCAGUGAAUAUAUAUAUACGUGUAGGCAUAGUUUAGGUUGAAAAACAGUCUUCGACAGGUUAGACUUUCUGAGUGUUCUUUCGUACCAACUUGUGGUUCGGUCGAUGGCUCCUUUUCACGUGUUGUCAAGAUUCAGGCACUUGCUGGAUUGAACGGCGCGCCGGUUGCUUGCACUGUACCGACAGCGCGUGCGUGUGGAUGCGCGUGACUCCCAAGAAGGCACGCGUGCGAGCGCUCGGUGCUGUCGAAAGCGUUCAGCAGCCGGUGUUCGUGGUCUCUUAGUGAACACCUAACCGCCUUUACCUUGUUUACCAACUCGGCGCGCGCGCCAGUCUUCGCUGCGGCGGACGGAGGGACACCCGGUGUUCAGAGUUAUGUUUCGCUGAGUGAGCGAGACACCAGAGCACUCUGCUGUACUAACCGCCUACCCCCUCCACUCACCUCCCCUCACCUUCACCUUCACCCACCCUGUUCUUGUUUGAUGACCGGAGUAGAGGUGUGCUCAUGGUGGUGGUGGUUGGGGUUGGUGAUAACCUGAGCCGUGGAGAAUCAGAUUCAAGAACAACGGUUUUAGUUUGCGUGACCGGAGCGACUUCUUGGGAGAUAAGAGCCCAGUGACAAGUUAUCGGCAGGUUGUUGUUGUAAACAUUAUCGUCGUGCUCACGUGACCGGUGCUGUGUAGACCUCACAUAAACAAGUUGUCUCGACUCGGAAAGCACAGACAGACCUUUCUUGCUGAACGGACACGCCGUCGUGGUGUACAAAGUGUCACGUGGUGAAACGGAGCGGUAACGUCAGUUCCAUGACGUCAGAAAAGUGACGUCAGCUCAGCAUGGUCGUGUCGUUAUCGGCCUCUCGUCUUAUCAUUGAGGAUAUCGUCGACGUCACUCGUGGUUGAGCUUGGCAGGUGAGAAGCGCGUGCCACCUCACCUUGUUGCACCGCGUGUAGUCGGAAUGUGACGGGGAAUCCCUGAGAACAAGAGAAGCCGCCUUUCGUUUGUUUCAAGACGUUUCAGGUGAGAAGUAACUGCGCCCCUAUCCCUACGCUCUCACCCUCCCCUCGCCGAUGAGAGUUCAUUCCCCUUGUUGAUGACGUUAAGAGGAUUCUUCGACAGCGCCAUUAUUCUCGCAGAAUUCCCGUCUUCUGUUGGUUUUCUCUGCCUCGAUCUUCAUCGUUGUUGCUGAGUGUGGUGGUGAUGCCGGCGGUUGUGGUGGCAGAAGGCUCAUCGCGCCUGUAUCACGACUACGUCACAGCCUGCCAGCCAACACAAAAUACACACUGAGAGCCGCUGCACGCGCUCCUCUGUGCGUGCGUGUGUGUGUGUGUGCGACUACCUGUCCUGUACCUGUCGGCUUCGAUUCAUCGAUCGCAACCCUAUUAUCCCACCCCUUCCCGUCGUCCCUUUGCACUCCGCCCCCCUUCAACUCAACGCUGUGCUCCGAAAAUCCAAAUCAUUGAGAGGAAGGAGUAUGUGUGAGUAAGCUGGUGGCGCCCUACUACUAGCGCCCCGUAUCGCCGGCCUGGCCUGGCCUGCUUGCAAGCUGUCUGCUCCGUGAAAAGGGGAAGUAGAAAGGGGUGGGGUGUACGGGGUAGAGAACGGGGGGAGAGGCGACCCAUUGGCUUACCUGCUUGCUAUUGGACUGCGCUAGCUGCACUCGGUCAGUCAGUUUGCCACCGAUCGCCGCCUGUAGCGCGGCGCCCCGACAGCUGUAACGGUGCCGCUGUAACGUGUGGUCACGCUGCACCCCUCAGACAUGCCUUGACGGACGGCGGUGUUGCUGGCAGUGCCGAGCACCACACUACAGUGUGCAGUCCCGCCCUCUCCUCGCUGGACCUCUCCUCCCUCCACCAGACUGCCGACAUCAGCCUGCGCCAUCGCUAGUGUGCAGCUUGUGUGUACAUUGGUGUGUCGUCGUCGUGUUCGUGGUCGACAAACUUCUGGACAUCAACGUGUGAUCGUUGUGCAGUAAAAACAAUAAACGGAAAAAAGAGUAGUUUGGGAAAGAUAACUCGUCGACAAUUUUGUUUGGGUUUUUUUUUUUUUUUUUUUUUUGGUUAAUCGCGUGAGUUGCCAGGAUGCUGGCCAAGAAGCUGCUCGCUUUCCGCAACAGUUCCUCGGAGAACUUUGAGAAGAACUUCCAUGAGGCGGAGAAGAUGCAGAACCUGGAGGAGGGUGGCGAGGAAGCGUACAGAGCGCGUGCCGGCCGCAAGCGUCACAGCGUGCAGCUGGACAAGAAGAUCACGCAGCAGCUGCUUAACCUUGACCGCCGCUCCAGCACCGUCAGCACUGGCACCAUCGACUCCCUGUCGUCGUACACCGGCAGUUCUUCCGAUGAAGACGACGUCAACCCAAGAGAAAAACAACAGAAAAACAGCCGUGGGUCUUCAGACUUCUGUGUCAAGAACAUCGAACAUGCAGCCUUCGGCAGACGGGAGAUUGAGAUCGCCGAGCAAGAAAUGCCCGGAUUGAUGGCUCUGCGAAAACGAGCGGAAGCUGACAAGCCGUUGCAGGGGGCCAAGAUCAUCGGCUGCACGCACAUCACAGCGCAGACCGCCGUCUUGAUAGAGACGCUAGUGGCCCUGGGAGCGUCUGUGCGAUGGGCAGCUUGCAACAUCUACUCCACUCAGAAUGAAGUAUCAGCAGCCCUGGCUGAGAGUGGUGUCCCUAUCUUUGCAUGGAAAGGAGAGCUUGAGGAGGACUUCUGGUGGUGCAUUGACCGCUGCAUCAAUGCUGAAGGAUGGCAGCCAAACACUAUCCUUGAUGAUGGAGGAGAUGCAACACACCUGAUGCUGAAGAAAUACCCAGCCAUGUUCAACAUGAUCAAGGGCAUUGUGGAAGAGAGUGUGACGGGAGUGCACCGCCUAUACCAGCUGUCCAAGUCUGGCAAGCUGACCGUGCCCGCCAUGAAUGUUAAUGACUCUGUCACUAAGACCAAAUUUGAUAAUCUAUACAGCUGUCGUGAAUCUAUCUUAGAUGCAUUGAAGCGCACAACAGACGUGAUGUUUGGAGGCAAGCAAGUUCUCAUCUGUGGAUAUGGUGAGGUGGGUAAGGGAUGUGCACAAGCUCUAAAAGGUCUGGGAGCCAUCGUCAUGGUAACAGAGAUUGACCCUAUAUGUGCUUUACAAGCCUGCAUGGAUGGAUUCAGAGUAGUGAGACUGGAUGAGGUGGUCCGCAGUAUUGAUGUUCUAAUCACGUGCACAGGUAACAAAAAUGUAGUUUCCCGUCAAUCUCUGGAUCGUCUUAAGAAUGGCUGCAUUCUUUGCAACAUGGGUCAUUCAAACACUGAAAUUGAUGUGGCCAGUUUACGAACUCCUGAGCUUACAUGGGAAAAGGUCCGAUCCCAGGUGGACCAUAUCAUCUGGCCAGACGGCAAACGCAUUAUCCUGCUGGCUGAGGGCCGUCUUGUCAAUUUAAGCUGCUCUUCGGUUCCCUCCUUUGUCGUCUCCAUCACAGCCACCACACAGGCUCUGGCCUUGAUAGAACUGUUCAAUGCUCCACCUGGUCGAUACAAGCAGGAUGUCUAUCUGUUACCAAAAAAAAUGGAUGAGUACGUGGCAAGUCUGCAUCUGCCCACCUUUGAUGCUCACCUGACAGAACUUUCAGAUGAUCAAGCCAAGUACCUGGGCUUAAACAAGGCUGGACCCUUUAAACCUAACUAUUACAGAUACUAGUGCAAUUCUCUGUCCACCAAAGUCAGCGCUUGCAUGUGACAAAGAGAUGUGCAUGGAUGCGCAUACAAGGAUACCUUACCCAUCAUUCCGAGUUCAAGAUGAGGAUGCUUCUUGUACGAACGUGCAAAGCCAUCGCCAAAGAAGUCGUUCAGUGACACUGGCUGUCUCUGUACAUUUUUUUUUUCUUCCAGACUGUCAUAAACAGCCUGAUUGUAACUUGCAUUAUGUCACUAUUUUCUUGUUCAUUUUGUUUUCUUGACCUCUUUCUAGAACAUAAUCUGUCUAUUUGCUACACUUGUUCCAAUUGAUUAUAAUCAGUCAUCAUUUAAUUGCAGAGGUAUUUCUGUUUGUAAAUUAAACCACUGUCAUCCUAACAGACUGUAGCUUUUGGAAAAAUUUUCAGAGCACAGCACAAUAGUAUUAAAGCUUCCUCACUAGGUCUUCUUGCUCUCUAGAGGGCUAGGCUGUGAAACUAACAGGUUGUUGCCCAGGCCAGCAAGGAGACAUCACUGUUGUGUAGUCCUUGUUAGAAAUUCACGUGUGUUUUGUGAAAUAGAUGCGUGGCAAAUUACUGUGAAAGUGUCCCUGAACAAUUGUGAAAUAAGAGUGUGCUGCGCUGCAAAUUCACUGAAGCGUUGGUGGUGAAUGUUUGUGACUGACGUGACAGAUUUCCAUACAAGCUCAACUGAGACAUAUUUCAAUGCUGACAAAUGUCUGUUAAUUGAUUUGCUGGAAGCACAGUGGUUAACGCCUAUCACCCAAUACAGUGAAGGUUGGCUGUCCUGGGUUCAGCUUUCGUCUCAGUCACGCUGUUCUUUCUCUGCAUGUGUCAUCUGUUCAGAGGACUGACUGCCUUAGUUGCUGGCACAGCAUAAAACAAUUCCUCCCACCCUUGCUGGACAGCAGUGAGAAUAGAAAUGUUUCUGGCUCCCGGUGAGAAUGAUCCCUUGUCAUGCGUUGUUCACAGAUAAAACAGCACGAAAUAUGACAACAGUUUGGGAGUUGGGUGGGAGGGUAGGAUUAGGUGGCAGAUACAUCGAUUUCAGGGAAGCUCAAGCUUCAAACUAAAAAUUUUCCCUGUGCCUGCAUUUUUUACUGAAACACUGCAAAAUAAGGGAAUAAUGUUUAUAGUUAAAGGUAAAUUAAAAAAUGUUAACUCAAAGUGUUUGAUUUUCAACAGCAGUGAGAGGGUUUAGGGUGUGGAAACAAAAGGGUUGGAUAGAGGAGGGGAGAGUACCCAGCUGUCUGCAUUUUGAGCAGAAACUGCCACUGGACAAAUCGGCUAAACUUUUUGUUUUUGUGAGACACUUAGGCCAUGCUGCAGAUCAGUAAAGAGCGUGUACCUAUCUGUAAUAAGAUGUGCAUUUUCUGAACAAUUCUUAUGUAGUUACUUUUUUCCACCAUCACCCAAGAAGUCAUGAAUGACCAUAAACUAGCCGGAAUUGUAUGUGACAUUUUCCAAAAAAGGCACAAAGUGGCUCUACAUUUUUAAAAGGUGCACAGCAAUGUAAACAUGCAAGAGGUCCACUUUCUUCCUGAAGGAAUGCCCUGUCGCCUGUGAGCACUAAAUCACCUUAAAACCAUAGGUGCAGAAAAGGCUCGAGUAUUUCAAAGCUGUGUUGCACAAACAUAUCUGUUUCUGAAGGAAGCUUCAAACUGAAAAUUUUUUUUACAUUCGUAGAUUAAAGUGUAUAAAGAGUCUGAAGUGUAUACACUUUAAGGAGAGAAAACCCUGGGCCAGUAAUAGUUGUAGAAUUUUAAAAUUAGUUUUAAGUGUGGAAAUAAUUUGUCGUAAACCUUUGUAGUUACCUCCUCUUACAUUAAGUCCUAUAUCUGGAUUGCUGUUCCUGCCACCAGUGGAUGUUAAGCGAGCAGUUUCACAGACCAAAGCAUUCUUCUACUUGCUGCAGUCAAGCGAGCUGCCUCACCCCAACUCCCAUUCCGAUAUUAAUCUCUAUCCUGCAGCUCACAUGACCUCAAGUGGUUCUCGUUCAAAAUAAACUGAGUCUUUCACAGAAGAGGUGUUUUCACAAUGUGAUAAUAAAAGUCUGUUUUGAUGCAAAAUGUGUGCCUCACAUGUAGUGUGUUGAAGAGCACGUUGUAUUUGAAACAACACUUAUGUGCUUGACAGAUCAGAGAUGCUGAAACUUUUUUCAUAUUUGAACGUGUAUGUGAAUAGUGUAGCUGGUUAUGGAUCUUUUCUUUAUUUCGUAGUGGAGUGUAAAUAUUUGUAGGUAUCUUGAAAACGUUAUCAAUUGUUUCUUAUCGCUCUAAUCAGGAUCUUUUGCCCUUUUCACUGCUGCAAAUGGGCACCAAAGCAUUUAAUCAGAUAUUAACCUAGCUUGAAGGGGCAAUGUGGCCCUCAUGUUUACAAAUUUAAUGUAAAAAAAAAUUGUCCUGGUGUUUAAUUUUUAAAUUACUUCAAAAAUCACACAGUUGCUCCUUGCACAGGCUUCAGUUUUAUGCCUUGAUACAUAAGUCAAGAACUGAACUCGUUCUCUGAUGGAUAUUUUCAUGUUGAUGUUCUGUCUGCUGCUGGUUCUUAAGUAGUUCCAUUUAUGGGAGUAAAACCAUUAAGUCCUUGGACUCUGGCAAUUUACUGUGUAAUUUGGACUGCUAUUGCAUUAAUGUGGAGUGACCAAAGGUCACAUGAUGGCCAUUUUUGCAUGCCUGGCCCAGUAUGUUAAUAAUGAAAGGAAGAGAUGGGAGAAGAUGUGUAUGUAUAAUGAAAGAAGCGGGUUUGACUUCAGAGGUUUUUAAAUUGUCGCAUUAACAGUACAUGUGUUCCCUCACAGUUACCUUCUUUGCUUUCAUUUAUUCGUGGAACAUGAAUGAAUGCAUUUCUGUAUCUAGUUGAGUUUUUCAGUAGCUUUUAUUUUUGUAAUUAAGUAAGACUGAAUAAUUAGCCGUCUAUUCAUUCACAUGUUUUGCUGCUGUAAAGUCCUUGUGUUACUUGCAAUAAUCAAGGAAGAUCUUGGGUUUGGGGUAUAUUUUUUUCCCUUUAUUUUUUGCUGCUUCUUUUCUUUAGAAGAAUUAUGCACUGGUAAUGUGUACAACAGGUAAAAGUAUCAGCAAUAUUCAGCGACAUCCAUCUGCUGGAUUGUCAUUCUUUGUAAGGUAUCUUUUUCUGUUACUGUCGGUUUUCUGUACCUGUAGGCAUGCAUGUGUUAGCUGAUGCAGUUUGUGUGAUUGUGUAGUGAUGGGGCUGGUUGUUCAAGACUGAAAAAAAAUGCGAUGCCCACACCAAUGUAAUAUGGAAAUCUAGAUUUCAUAACUUCCUUUACUACUUUCUUUUUAAGCGUUUGCUAAAAAAAAAAUAAAGUCUUUCUAUCAAAAUGUUUGCCUUCAGUGGACACAUAAAAUUAAUGAAACACUUUCAAAUGCAGCACAAGUCUUUAAGAGCACUUGGCAUUGUGAAAUGUGGAUAGAUUAUAUAGUUCAGUAUUAACUGUUGUGACUCUGUGUAAGGUGGGUUGUUUGAAGUAGUCUUCCAAGUCAAACCCAGGUGAAGUGAAUAAUCCAUCAUUUUUGAUGUUUCUCCUUCCUGUCCUCUCAUCGCCCCUUCAUAACUUCAAUGAGGUUUUCAUUGUGGCUCAUCUUUGACAGCGGGGAUUGGAAGAAGGGGGCUGCUAAUGUUUAGAUUUAAUGGGAGAAGCACUGUAAGUUUAUACUUUACAAGACUCUUUUUAUCUCAGCUUGAUUUUGUAUGAAUGCAGGUCACAGUAAUGAAGUGGACUUUCGGUGAUUUAUUUUUUUGGUGGUAACCAAAAAAAAAGGGGGGAAAACACAUGAUUUUUUUUUAAGAUAUUCAGGGAACGAACAAUAUUGCUGAUUUUGGAGUUGUUCUGGCAAUUAGGAUUCUGCAGCUUGUGUAUAGAUGAUGGUUUUCUCUGUGUGGUUGUGUAUUCUUUUUUCCUGAUCUUCCAGUCAGUGAUCAUUUUGUUGUUGAAGUUGUCAAAUAAUCUUUUUGUGGAUCACUUCAAUAAGGGGAAUGAGACCCUCUGAGUGUGACUAGUCCAUUUAAAAACAGCUUGAUGUCUGUUGCACCAGCAACUAGGUUUCAGAACUAAAAGAGCACUUACAAGUUGCUUACUUUAUUCAACGGAGACUUGAUGACCAAAGAUGUUAUUAAUUUCUGUUUCUGUAUAUCACUGAAGAUACUGUUCACUACGUUAUGUCUAAAUUUGAAACAAAUCAAUCACACUUUGAUUGUAAAUUUCCCAGCAUUUUUUUUUAUCUCAUCCCCACUCACCUUUUAAAGUUUAGAGAAAGAUGAUGAUGCAAGUUCAAGUUUACGGUUUUGCUUAUAAAUGAAUGCAUACCAAAACCAAAUAACUUACACUAAAAAUGGAGGUUGACCACAAAACAAUGUGCAGGCAUUUUGUUCCUCACUCGGGUCAAGGAACAGCAAUGGGUUCUGCUGCAAGGCAGUCAUCUACUGAGCUGUGCAUGCAAAUAUUUUCCAUGAGUUUAUGCUUGAAACUGUAGAUGUAGCUAAUAAUUUGGUGAGUUUUUAAUGAUUCAGUGAGAGCUUAUCUACUGUUUAUGGAUCAAGAGGACAAAUUUCAAUGGCAAGCUAGUUUUGGCAUCUUAAUUGUAUUUUUUAUCGACAGUACUUGAGUAUUUGUGAAUACCGUUUUCUGGUAACUAAUAAGGUGUGUGAGCAUGUGCACUGGAACAUGCAUGGGCAUGAUAUAUACUUGAUUGCUAGAUACUCCUUUGACCACCAAUAUUUUAAGUUUUUCAUGACAAAACUAAUCAAACUGCGAUAUAGUUAGAAAUCUGUUAAUCAGUUGACAAUCGUAAGCCAGUGAAUAAGCAAGCACCACUUGCUAUAUAAUUUUAAUAACCAGUAUAAAUCUUUUGAUGCCAGUAAAACUCUUCUUCUGACAGCCUUAGUCUAAAUGAGAGAUUUUUCAGGUUAAACUAAUUAAAGGUAUGUCAAGUAUUUCUUCUUGCAAAGAUUUCUUUUUUUUUUUUUUGUCUUUCGAUAUUUUAUCCACUUUAACAACGACAAUGUAAAAUCAAUGAGCAGACUUUUCACUUUGAUAGGAACAAAGCUGACAUCUGUUUCACCUUCACGUUCAUCAUCAUUAAAGAGUGGGCUGCGUGUUCACCACACUAAAUUUAGUUUCCAAAUGUACUAGAAAACUGAGUGGCUUUUUUUCCAUCCAUAUUUCUGAUGUUGUUAGAAUGGGCAGCUAGGAAAUACCACUUGCACUUGCAUAACUAACCCCAUGCACUUGACUCCUAAUGUUAAAAGAGCUGACCCACACUGUAGAAUGAGUGGUUCCUUUGGUUCAAACACAUUGUUAGAACGGGCAGCUAGUCAACGCUCCUUGUGCUUCCGAACCCAGUGCAUGACAGCCCUUCUGCCUUUUUAUCUCUUGAGAGCACAUGGAUUUUGUACAGCACAUUUCUUCUGAAAACUUAGCACAUGCACCUCUGUCAUUAUUUGGACACACAAUAUACGCUGAUGCAUUACACAAUUUCACAUUCAUUCGUGAAACGGUAAGGCAGCGACCGAGGAAAGUCCUUGUCAGCUUAGUUCAUUUGUGGAUUAACUCACUUUAACUGACAAAGCUGAAAGUGAGAUCAGGGACUUUUUUUUUUUUUUUUUUUUCAAAAUGGCCAGGAAGGUUUUGUAAUGGAAAUAGGACCCAGCAAUAAUAGGUUAUGUCCUGAAUAUCUGGUGUUUCUGUUCUUGAUGCCUUUUUCCAGUGUCAAUCAUUCUUUAUCGUACCAGAUCUUUUCUGACAGUGUGAUUUGGUUGAAGAAGAUGAAUAUCACUAUCUAUAUGCCACCCUUGAUCCCGGGCCUGAAGACCUCCAUGACUUCUGUUAUCUAGUGUGUUAGGGUGCAGGAGCAUCAGUUGCAUUCUGCAGAUAUCCAGAUUGUCUCAUAAACUUUGAUGUACUUACGUCACAGAUAGAUUUCUUAAAAGUACAUUACAAUGGUGUCUAAAUAAAUUAAUAAAUUAAUUAUACAUCAGACUUUGGAAAAAAGGUCAUCUUGUGCUGUUCCAUGGUACCUAUUACCUCAUUGUUUUCUGACCUCCAAGAUUAUUUUUUUUCCUUCAUUUUGGGAGUAUGUAAAGACAAAUGUUUGAUGUUGUACAAUGUUGUGAAUUUUUUGUGUUGUACAAGUCUUUCAUUUUACCUCUUUUUGGAAACAAAUGAUCAGUUAUUACUGAUUUCAUAUAUCAUAGCAUUCAGAUGCCGUUUUUGCUUUGGAUUAGAAUUUGGUUUUCUACCCAACUUGUAAUUAGGAAUAUCUAAUGAUAGCAGCAUCUGCUACUGUGUGAAUUUAAAACAACCGAGGGACAAAAUUGCUAGGAGACAUUCCAAUUAAAUUUACUUUUCCACUCCUGCCUUGUCCAUGUCUUUCCCAUCAUGGCACAUACCUGUAGUGCUACAAGAUCACAAAUAAAGUUGCUGCCUUGCAAAACAAAAAUUAUGUGUCCAGCUCUAGAUGACCAUCAGUGCUUAGCAGCCACCCACUUCACUUCCCUACAUUAACUUCACAUCGUCAGCGAUGAAGGUAGGAGGUGGCUGUUCUGACCUGCGUCUGUGAGAAAAAGGAAAGUUCCUUUGGAGCAUUUCUACACUAGUUUUUUCCCCCUCUUCUUCUGUGUGUUAUCUAACAAUGCGUUGUUCAGUGACGACCUAUCGCAGGUGUUCAGAUCCUUGCACAAACUGCCUCCUUUCAUUCCCACACCCAUCUCUAGCUGCCUAAAUAUUGCUUACCAUGCCUGUACUAAUAACUCAGAGCAAUGUAAACUUUCAUGGUAGGCUUGCUUAAAAUCAUGUUCUGCUCAUUGAGCACAGUAAGUGGUGCAAGGGAGGGAAUUAAGGACAGGGGAAAGCAGGUGGAAGCAAAGUUAUCUCCAUAUUUUGGGGGAGGUGUAGGAUUAUGUUUCAGGGGUCUUAAUUAGACCAUUUAGCAUUUUAAUAACAAAUGCACUUGUUAUAGUAAGAUCUGCCAACUACUUAAUCAGUAUAUCAUGGAAUUUUUUUUCCAAUCCCCAUUAUGAAAUGUGUUAAUCAUGACUUGAGAAUAUUCCUUUUUGUAGCUUUGAUAAAUUACUCAAGAAUUUUUCUUUAAAAAUUUAACUUUUGCUUGUACAGCAUUUUAUAAAAUAUUCUUUUCUGCAACUUAGAAACAUGCAUACACCUCUUGCCCUUUUGUUUUGGUCAUUGAUGCUCAUCUUUUAAUAGUAUUUCCAUGUUGCCAUGGACUAUGCACAUAAGAACAUAAAGCCAGCUGAUAUCGUCUUAUUUCUUUUUUUUUUUUUGCUUGUGAUUAGCAGGCAUAGGAGUAUGUUACUCUGAGUGCCUAAACUCUUGCCCAAUCAUAAGAACAUGGCAUAGAAAACAAAAAAAAAAUAGAAUGGUAAUGCAAGGUAUAUAUCAUUUAGUUUGAAACACUCCUAUCGGCAUGAUAGAAAUAAAUUCCAGAGAAAAUAACUUUUUUUCAAACUACUGCAGCAUCUGACAAUCUGUCAAAAAUUGCAAUUAGUUGUGGACAUUUUUUUCCUUAUCUAUUCAGUGCAUCCUAGUUUUACCAUUGAUUGCAUCAUCUGUACAUAACGCAGCAUGGUGUAAAACUAAAUUUCACGCUGCCUAAGUAUAUGCUGUUCACAGGAUGCACAUCAACAGCAUUGUUAUGCACUUGGAAAAAGUCUUUGUAUAUAAAGAAAACAACUUGCCUACAAAAUUGUGUCUUGGUAUUUUCCUACAUUGCAAGGAUUGAGGACCAGGGCCCACAAGUU